UGGGCUCUCUUACUUCACUCGCGCCUCGUUGUGCUUUCAUUUCGUUCCGGAACCCGUUCUUUGUUGGUGUUGUUCGAGCAGUGUUUGUUGGAGUAGUUGUGGAUGUCACGGUUGUCCAGGCAUUGAUCUUGUGACUUUUUUGUGAUUGUUGUGUUCUGUUGAAAUAUUUUUCAUGAGAUCGGCUUGAGGUUGAUGUUAAAUUGGCCUUCGUUUCGGAGUUGAAGUGGCUUUGCUGCGAUUUAGUACAAUUUUAGGUGAAUAAUGUGAGGCUUCUCGGGGCUGGUGAGGCUAAGGGCUUUACUUUCGUGUAUAUAGAAGUGGUUUGAACAGUGACGGGAGUGUCUCUUUGAGUCGUUUCAUUUGUAUGAGUGUGACGGAUUAUGGGUUUGACCUAAUCCUGUGAUUUCCGGUUUUGUAACGCUUUGUCUUUGGUUUGUAGACUCAAAGCUUGACUGUGGAAGAUGAAGUAAUCAGUGGAUAAGGUUUUUAUGUAUUAGGGGAGUUUUUAGCUCUUCCUUCAUGUUAACAUUAAACUAAGUAUUAUUUGAAAAUCCUUACUUUCAUUAUGAUGGCGUUUCGUAGUCGUCGUAGUAAAGUGUGCAGAUUUGAGUUUGUACCAAGUUGGGAAUUAUGGAUUCCUUGAGUGCGAAUCAUGGGUCUACAGCUGCUUACAGCAAUUGGUGCCGUUUACUUCAAAGUAGCUUAAUUGUUGUCAAGUUCUCUCACAUUCGUCUGCGCAAAUUUUAGUUCCAGCAUGGCCAAGUUUGGAGAAGGGGACAAAAGAUGGAUUGUUGAAGAUCGACCAGAUGGUACAAAUGUGCACAAUUGGCACUGGAAUGAAAAAGAUUGUUUACCCUGGUCUAAGAAAAGACUUGGUGAGCUGCUAGAGAAUAUUACCAUUCUUGAAGGAGAGGGCGGUUUAUGGGUUCAAACUACAGACGUUGAAAGUGUCACCGGGGAUGCCUACGUAAACAUCAGAAAAGGAAAGAUCAUUCCUGGUUAUGAAAUUGCUAUACGAGCUGCUUGGAAGGGGGAAGCCAAAGAUGGUAACGGAAACUCUUUGGCGAAAGUCUCGGGCAUCUUCGAGUUUCCGUAUGUUGCAGAUGAGAAUGCAGACGAAGAUCCUGAGAUAAAAGUGCAAGUGAAGGACGAAUCGCCUGUAGGACAGCGACUCCGUGAAGCCUUUCUCGCCAAAGGGAAGCCUGUUGUUCUGAAGAAGCUAGCUCAGUUUGUGAAGGAGUUCGCUGCCGGAGGACCUGCGAAGGACGAGUUGGAAGCUAAAGCGCCAGCUAAAGCAUCUGAGAAGAGUGAGAAGCCCAAGUCAACAGCGGUUCCUGCAACCAAAGAGGUGCCCACAACUGCUGUCCGUGCUCCGCAGCCCAAGGUUAAGGAGGGCUUCAAAACCAUUAGGUUGACAGAGAAAUUCCAGUGCCGACCACACAACCUUUACGAAAUUUUGAUGAACGAUAGAAGCUGGAAGGCAUUCACGUCAAGUAAUGCACAAAUCAGCAAGGAAGUGGGAGGAAUGUUUACCAUUUUUGAUGGAGCCGUGACAGGAGUCAACGUGAAAUUGGAAGAGAAUAAGCUUAUUGUUCAGAAGUGGAGAUUUAACAGUUGGGCUGAUGGUCACUAUUCGAACGUGAUCCUGUCUUUUGAGGAGCCGGAAGUUGGCUUGACUGUGGUGAAACUGACUCAGACGAACGUUCCAGACGAGGACAGAUACGGCAAUGCAACAGUUGUGGAAAAUACGGAGAGGGGCUGGAAAGAUCUGAUCUUCCACAAAAUUCGAGCCGUAUUUGGUUAUGGGCUAUGAUUCGUUUGUGGUCUUCUUAAAGCUUUGCAGAAACCCUUCAUCAGCUAUUUCAUUGCAGUUGGUUAAUGGAGCAAUUUAUUAUCGUCAUUGAAGCACAGCUUAGCUGUAUAUCUGUUUUGCUUCAGAGGAAUUAAAAAUUUUGUAACAUUUCACAGCGACUUCUCUCAGUAUACAGAGGCUCUGAUGCCUCUCAGGUUCUUCAAUUCUCUUUCA